UUAAAUUAUAGAAUCCAAAGAAAAGAAAAAGAAAAAGAAAAAGAAAAAAAAGGGUCCCUCAUACGAAUCGGCAUCGUCGUUAUAACCGUUAAUUAAGCGGAUGCCUCAAGGGAGGGCAAAACCGUCACUCCAAUCAAUCGCUGUGGGUGUAUCGUGUGUGUAUAAUAAUGCUUGCUCUCUCUCUCUAACAAAUACAUAAUAGUGAUAGAGGGCGAGAGAGAGAGUUCAACGCCUUCCACAUUCUGACUUCGAUUCCGACUCACUCACUUCCUUCCUAUUCUCUUCUCAAUAUUUGUUUUCUUGUAUUCAUUUUUCAGUCUUGAUUGCCUCCGUCAAUCCCUAGUGUGUGUGUGUGUAUAUAUAUAUAUAUAUAAUAUAGAGAGAGAAUUACAGAACUGAAAUUCUACAUUUCACUAUAUAUUUCUAGGGUCCGACCAUCAUUUCAUGACAGCCCAGGUAGGUUUUUUUAUGGGUUGAAUCCAAAGAAUGAUGGCUAGUUAUGGUGAAGCAGAAGAAGAACAAUUUUUUGAUACUCGUGAUGAGAUCGCUCCGGUGUCUGAUUCUGGUUCAGAUUGCUCCCAGGACAGUUGUUCUAGUUCUGGGCAUGUCAAUUGUGAUUCAGAUAGUCUUGGGGAUGAGUUUAGGACGGAGAAUCUAGAGAGUGUUUGUGAGCGUCGCCAUAGGUUCAUGAAAUGGAUGGGUUUGAGUUUAGAUCAGAAUCCGGUUGAAAGAGAGGAACCAGGAGAUAAUGAAAUCAAAAUGGGAAUGGACAGAAUUAGAGUUACUGAAGACAGUGGUGCUGGGCUAAGAAAUUCAGAUUUCGAAGACCAGUUUUUGUCGAAUUGCUCUGAAGCUACAGGAUGGAUGCAAGAUGAUAUAUCUGAUGAGGGGAAUUCCGAGUGUUGUAUCAAGAAUUCAGAAGAGGGGAGAGAGAUUUUAAUGGAUGAAAUUAGCCAUCAUCAAACGGUUGGAAGAUCACAGGAAGAAGCUGAGGCCGGUGACAUGGUGGAUAUGAAGAAGAAAGUGAAGAGGGGCUGGCUUAAGAAAUUAAAUGUCCUAUCACGUAUUACCAAUAGGCAAGGGGAAGACAGUUUGAAGCCGAGUGAUUUCAAGUUGGAGUUGGGGACUAGAGUUCGAAGAGUUCGGGUUCAUCUACAUGGGAAGAGGUCAAAAGAAUUGUCCUCCCUUUACGCAGAACAAGAAUUUUCAGCACACAAGGGCUCAAUCUUGACAAUGAAAUUCAGUCCCGAUGGCCAGUACCUGGCAAGUGCUGGUGAAGACAGUGUCGUUCGUGUCUGGAAGGUGAUGGAGUAUGAGAGACCAAAUCAAUUUGACAUUCAAGAUACUGAUCCUUCAUGUUUGUACUUCUCAGUGGAUCAUUUAUCCAAAUUUGCCCAUCUUGAUGUGGAUAAAAACAAAAUUGGUAAGAUGAAGAGGUUGAGGAAAUCAACGGAGUCAGCUUGUGUAGUUUUCCCACCAAAAGUCUUUCGGAUUUCGGAGAAACCUUUACAUCAAUUCCAUGGACACAGUUGUGAGGUCUUGGCUCUCUCAUGGUCCAGCAAAGGGUAUCUGCUGUCAUCCUCUGUUGAUAAAACUGUUCGCCUGUGGCAACUAGAACAUGACCAAUGCCUUGGAGUGUUUUCUCAUAAUAACUAUGUGACCUGCAUAGAAUUCAAUCCCAUGGAUGAUAAUUAUUUCAUCAGUGGUUCAAUAGAUGGGAAAGUACGCAUCUGGGAAGUGCAUGGUUGUCAAGUUGUUGAUUGGACUGAUAUAAGAGAAAUAGUGACUGCUGUGUGUUAUUCCCCCAAUGGGAAGGGAGGAAUAGUGGGAUCCAUGGAUGGGAAUUGCCGUUUUUAUGAUAUAAUAGAUAAUCAUUUGCAACUGGAUGAUCAAAUAAAUUUAAAUGGGAAAAAGAAGUCGGCUUGCAAGAGGAUAACUGGUUUCCAGUUUUCCCCAAGUGACCCUAGCAAAUUAAUGGUAACUUCUGCUGAUUCACAAUUUCGAAUACUUUCUGGGGUCAAUGUCAUCAGCAAAUUCAAGGGCAUUCGAAAUUCAGGAAGCCAGGUACCUGCAUCUUUCACCUCAGAUGGGAAACACAUUGUCUCGACAAGUGAGGAUUCUCAUGUCAAUGUUUGGAACUGCAUCGGCCAGGAGAAGACUUUGUCCUCCACAGGAAAGCACAGUUGGUCUUGUGAAAGUUUCUUGUCUCACAAUGCUUGGAUUGCUUUGCCUUGGAAUGGCAUGAAAAACAUGUCGGGUUCACCUACAAUCCCAACCUUUUUGGGGGACGAUUUGCUCUGUAGAAUUUUGAGAAAUGCCGAGUGUGAUGAGGAUUUACACCACAAAAUGCCUGUCUCUUCCCCUGAUUGUUUCUCUUUGAGCCGUGGUUUUUUCUUGGAGUCUCUGCCAAAGGGAUCUGCAACUUGGCCAGAGGAGAAACUACCGGAUUCAAGUCAAGUGGCCGGGUCACCCACAAUGUGCAAGUCUGAGUACAAACUUUCGAAGAGUGCUUGCCAGAAUACAUCCAGUUCUCCUCAUAUGUGGGGUCUUUUGAUUGUAACGGCCGGCUGGGAUGGGCGGAUUAGAACAUAUUACAAUUACGGGUUACCGAUUCGUCUUUGAAAUCCCAUGGUUCAAGCAGGAUCAGGGGCCUUACCAUUGCUCUGCAUUUUUUAGACAGCAACAAUUUGCACAAUUGUAGAUGUUGUUUCACUCAGUGCAAUGUAGGUGUACUAUAGUCGAAUUAAUUUCUACCAAACUACAGCCAAAGUGUUCUAUUAUAUAUUUAGGAAUAUAAUUUAAUUCUUUGAAAUA